AAACUUACAUCAACUUCUUCUCACAGAGCUAAGCACUCGAUUUUUGAUUGUGAAGAAAUGUCGCCUUUUGUAACAUGCUUAACUAAUCUUUCCAAGGCAAUCACUACCUCAACCAUCAAAGUAAGAUGUGUCCGUAGGUAUGAAGGGGUUCCCGAAGAUAAGAAUGAUAACAGCCUAGAGUGUGUGUUGCAUGAUAUUGAGGGGACAAGAAUACAAGCAUCAUUUACUAAUAACAUCAUGAAAAAGCUGGCCUCUCCACUUAGGGAAGGUUGUGUGUUUUAUAUUAAAAAUUUUUUGGUGCAGAAUAACACUCUAAAAAACAAAGCUACAAACCACCAGUUUAGGCUGGUGAUGAAUAGCUACACUGAGGUGUUUGAGGUUAAAGAUUUGACAUUUCCUAGAAUGAUGUUUGCUUUCAAGCCAUUCCCUGAAAUUUCCCUAUUGAGACAGUAUGAUGACAUAGCUUUUUUUGAUGUUAUUGGAGUUAUCACUAAUCCAGGAAAAGAGGUCAAGCAAUCUAAGUACAGGCUUAUUGAGAUUGAAAUCAGUGAUGAACAGCAUAAUAAAAUAUUUUGUACAAUUUGGGAAUCAAAUGUUGAUUCUUACAAGGAAGAUUUCAAAAAGAGUAAAGGAACCAUUCCCAUUGUUAUUGUUCAAAUUUGCAAGACUAAUUUAUUCAGAGGUGAAAUGAGAAUAUCGACACACUUUCAAGCGUCGAAGGUUCUAAUUAAUCCAGAAUUAGAUGAAGUUACUGCUUUUAGGAAAAGAAUUGAAGGUGAUGAGAGAUUUAUUCCCUAUGGUUCUUUGGGUCAAGUUGGACCAUUCAUUAGCAGUGAGUUUGAAAAUCUUACAGUGAAGUCUCUUGAGGAUUUAGAAUGUCUAGAGGAUGGUUUAUAUUGGGUUUUUGGAAAGAUUGUAUCUGUGGAAGCACAUUAUGAUACAUGGUAUUACAUGUCAUGUAAGACCUGUUUUAAGAAGGUGGAGGCAGAGGAUAACAAGUUUAACUGUUCAGUAUGUAAGAGCACCUAUUCCCAUGCUUAUAGAAGGUAUAGAUUUAUUGUCAAUAUUGUUGAUGAUACAAGCAACACUUCACUUUUAGUGUGGGAUAGGGAGGGGAUCCAACUGAUAGGAAAAAAGGUUUAUGAAUUCAUAGGAGCUGAUAAUCAGAUUUUGCCAGUGGAGGACAUUGCUAAAGAAAUAGCAAAGAAGCUGGUGGGGCAGAGUGUGUUGUUCAAGCUCCAAUUCAGAAAUCAGUUGGAGUAUUACAAAUCUUAUCCACAUACUGUGAACAAAGUAUGCAAUAUUCCUCAUGUUGUUGAGAAGUAUACCCCUCAACUGCUUGGUUCGCAGGAAGUUAGGAAAGAACUAAAGUUAUCUGAUCUAAUUUUUGGUUCUGAUCUUCCAGAGGUAUCUCAGAAAAGUUUUGUUACUCCGGAUUUGUCAAGUGUAACAAAUGAGAUUAAUCAUGAACGCAACAUUGAAGGCUCUGUUAAGAGGUGUUUGGAGGAUGAUUUUAAUUGUUGUGAUGAUAUUGUUGGCUGUCAGAAGAACAAGAAUCAAAAAGUCAGCAAGGAGUAA